AUGGCCGCCAACACCGAACAACUAGACAGGCGGGCGAAGAAGAUUGAGCAGGAACUCUCCAAGCGCGCCGAGCAUGGCUCAUCCGCCGCUGAGCUGGCCCUCGUGCUGCAAGAAUAUCGCGUCGCCUGCGAAAGCCUCAUCUUCGCCAACUUCGAACACGCCACGGCCCAUGAGGUCGAGCUGAAAUUGUGGACCGCGCAUCUGAAGGUCAACACCAUCUUCAGACAGGAGCAUAGGCUUCUCAAGCGCUCAAAGGACCAUGCAAAGGACCAUGGAGAGGACCAUGUAGUGGAGAUUCGAAAGUUUCAGAAGCACUACAUGCACUUCAUCAAGGCUAGCCAGCGCUUCUACCGCCAGUAUAUACUGAACCUCGACACUCAAUUUGACGGUAUUCCCGAACUGCGCAAGAUCGCCCAGAAAUGGAAGGAUGAUGCCUCCAAAACGGCCUUGCGCCAACGUAUACCCGUCCAUCUCAAGACUCAAGUCCAUCUAUCCUGCCACCAAACUCUGAUCCAGCUCGGCGACUUGUCCCGCUACCGCGAAACCGAACUCGUCGACAAGGACAAAGAGCGCAACUGGGGCCCAGCCAAAGGUUACUAUGGUCUGGCUGCCGAGAUCUACCCCGACUCUGGACACGCGCAGAACCAGCUGGCCGUCAUCUCGCGUGAGGAUGGUGACCACUUCCGCUCCGUAUACCACCUAUAUCGCUCGCUCGGUAGCAAAUUACCGUAUCCUCAGGCCAAGGCAAACCUCGAGCUUGAAUUCAAGCGAGUGAUUGCAGCUUGGGACAAGGGCCAAUUGAUCAGCAAUCACAAGGCCGGUGACGGCAGUCCUGCUGGGCGUGCCCUUAUUGCCUGGUUCAUCCGAUUGCAUAGCAAGAUCUACAAAGGCGAGGAGUUCGCCGCACAUGACGAGCUGGAGGGUGAAGUACUCAGUCAUCUAGCCAUUGAGCUCAAGGAGCGUCCUUUGGACUCUAUCCUGACCAAGAUUAUCCUGAUCAACUUUGCCUCGGAGUACUUUGCCACUGUGCAGAUGCAGGCAACCAACCCACCGCCAAAUAUUAUGCGCACAUAUUUCUUCUACCUGCGUUUGAACGUGAAAACAUUCUUCAUCCUCCUCCAGGUCCUCCAGCCAGAACUUGAUCGUCUUUCGGAGGGCGACGACGUCAGACAGCACGGCGAACGCGUCACCCACCUGUCGGACAAGAUCACCGCCGUAGCCCGCCGUAUACUUCCUGGACUUCGACUCUACAGUACCUGGUUCUCGCGAUACUGGCAGGUUCUUAACGCGAACAUUGCCGACACCCUGACGACCGUUGAUGUGCAGGAGCUUUGGAAGGCAUAUGCCGCUACCCUGACGCUUCUUGCCUCGAGCUUCCCCGUCGAGGAGCUUCCUCAAGAGAGCUAUAUGCUCGAGGAAGAUACUGAGACCAUAGGCUUCCAGCCCCUGAUAUCGCCAGAUACGAUGAAGCUGUGGUAUGAUGGUGGAGUGAUGAAGCAGAAAUGGACAGACCUUGAGCGCAACCACCCCAACGUGGAAAUGCUGAUGCGCGUCAAGGAUCUGCUUAUUGAUGGUUUGCUCUUGACUCAAAAUGCAGAAGCGCCUCUCGAUUUGGACGGAUCUCGAUUCAUAUACCGCGAGAAUGGACUGCCAUCUGAGCUGCUCGCGAGCCCAAACAACCGCACGGAUGGGUCACCCGUGCUCCCAGUGGAGGUCGCAGAUCUCCCCUUGUUCGCACCGGAAAUGCCUAUUUCCGAAGACCAAAAGUCGCACAGCGUGGCUGCCGGUUCCGAGUCGGCGUCGACUACUAUCGCCAAAGAUAACGCCAUGCAUCGUAUGGUGGAUGACCUUGUCGGAAUUGAUGAUGGUUUGGACCCACUCCCAGAGGAAGACGAGAAUUUGCCGCCCACCCCGCCAGAGCAGACGUUUGAGGAUACAGCCAUCGUGAAUGACACCACGUAUGCGCCAGCCGCCUUGUCGAUCAGUGACUUGGUCAACUCCGUCAAGAAUUACAAACCUCUGUCUCCGAAUCCCACCUCUGCGAUGCUUUCCACGCCGAUGGGGCGCAGUGGAUCUACAUCGUCUGUUCGACAACCAGCCAUUCUACCUUCGUUGCCUGACGGGCAUUACAACACCGACUCCAUAUGGAAAUUGCAGCCCUUGAAUACGUCUGGUCCUUCGUCUCCGGGCGGCCUGAACCCGAACUGCGCCAGCAGUACUCAUGACAGGUCGCAUGUUGCUGGUCCAAGCAAUAGCAUGUCUGGCCACGUCCGCGGUAGUUCAGCAAACUCGCUCCUUGGCAUGGAGGCUACCACGCCCACUCAGGGCAGAGCACCACGACUCAUGGCUGGAAGUCUGGGUGGCGCAGCUUGGGGUAAUCCAAGUGGGAGUCCGUCGAAUUGGGGAUCGUCGCUUUCCAACGGAUACAACGGCAAUCAGCAGUAUGGUUAUGCAAAUGGACCCAACAUGGCCAGCCCAUCGCUCUUCAAUUCGUACCAGGACAACGCGCACAGCUCCUGGGGGCGCACCCCACCCAACGGCCAGGGCGGUUGA